GGUGCCUAAAGUCUCAAAAUUAGGUGAAUCCCUCAGCCAGUAGAUUCACAGAAUCUGACAGUAAAGGUUCCGACUUUUGGCAUUUUCCUCUCUUUGAAAAUCAAGGAGAUCCAAUGUUCCACCAGACUGCUGGAACUAGACGGAAAUGACCCACGUUGAAAAGUACAGUUAAAAACAACCAGUGUUCCACCAUAGCAUAUCUCCAUUGUUUUCUUAACAGUUGGCAUGGCCUCCCAUCACUGAUCGCACCGAAGCUCAAAUUUUUCUUCCAACUCUUUAGCCUUUCCAUUGUCUUUAGUCCACCUCAAUAUAUAUAGUAGCCCCACCAUCCGCCAUCAUGAUCAUGUGUUGUUGAACAGCUGAAGGCCAGCUACCUCCAAAGAUUCCUAGUAACUUUUUGGAGAAAUCUUUGGUUGGCAAAUUAAGCAGCAGAGUGAUUCAGAGUGAAAAACUCUUUUUGUUGUACCUUUUACGUUGUUGUGGGGUGUCCCAGAUUUGUUGUCUUGUCACGUCAGUUGUGAAUUUACUUGGUAGAGUAUCAUCCAUCUCUUUCUUUCGCUAUGCAGUCCAUGGUUUUUUAACGGUUCUGCACAAUUUUUAAGCAUUUCAUUUUGCCCACUUAUGGCCUUAAUUUUCCAUUUUUUUCCCCAGAAAUGGAUUCUGUGAACAUUCCUUGGUUGGUUACUUUUCCAUCAGAAAGAUUUCUAUCAAGUAGUUUGAAGAUGUAUGUAGUGGAGAGCAAAGGAGGGGCUAUAGCAUGUAUGCUGCUUGCUCUAUUUUUCUUGGGCACAUGGCCUGCCAUUUUGACUCUUUUGGAAAGGCGUGGUCGUCUUCCUCAGCACACCUAUCUUGACUACACAAUCACCAAUCUGUUGGCUGCUGUCAUCAUUGCUUUUACCUUUGGUGAAAUUGGAAAAAGCACGCAUGAAAAGCCAAAUUUCAUUGAGCAACUAACUCAGGAUAAUUGGCCUAGUGUUCUGUUUGCAAUGGCUGGUGGGAUAGUUCUUAGUCUUGGGAACCUGGCAACGCAAUAUGCCUGGGCGUUUGUUGGUUUAUCAGUGACAGAGGUGAUCACUUCUAGCAUGACUGUUGUUAUAGGCACAACACUUAAUUACUUUCUAGAUGACAAAAUUAACAAGGCACAAAUUCUUUUCCCUGGUGUUGGAUGCUUCUUGAUUGCUGUUUGUUUGGGCUCCGCUGUGCAUGCAUCCAAUGCUGCUGACAACAGAACAAAGCUAAGCAGUUAUUCACAUGAUUACAAAAAUGGGGAAGGGACCAAGAGUAUAUCCACGUCCAAUGAGGCAUCUUUGGAAAUGGUUUGGAAAGGUGACUUGGAGAAUGGAGUUGGUACUGCAGAAAAGGCAAAGUUUGGCACAGCACAUUUUCUUAUAGAGCUUGAAAAAAAAAGGUCCAUUAAGGUGUUUGGAAAGAGCACUGUUCUUGGUUUGGGCAUAACUUUCUUUGCUGGAGUUUGCUUUUCUCUUUUUUCACCAGCAUUCAACCUGGCAACCAAUGAUCAGUGGCACAAAUUAAAACAUGGGGUUCCCCACUUGAGUGUCUAUACUGCAUUCUUUUACUUCUCAGUCUCUUGCUUUAUCGUUGCGCUUAUUCUAAACAUCACCUUCCUGUUUCACCCUGUACUCAAUACGCCAAAAUCAUCAAUUAAAGCCUAUCUAUUGGAUUGGAAUGGUAGAGGGUGGGCCUUUUUGGCAGGAUUUUUAUGUGGCUUUGGAAAUGGCCUCCAAUUUAUGGGAGGACAAGCAGCUGGAUAUGCUGCUGCAGACGCUGUUCAGGCACUUCCGCUUGUGAGUACCUUUUGGGGUAUAGUUAUAUUUGGGGAAUACAGAAGAUCAUCGAGAAGAACAUACUUGUGUCUUGGCAGUAUGUUGUUUAUGUUCAUUGUGGCUGUUGCUGUCCUCAUGGCUUCUUCAGGGCAUCGUAAAUAGUUGUGAAGAUGGUUGAAUGAAGAUGUGCAGUUUUCAACUAGAUUUAAGCAACUUCUGCUGAGAAUACUCCACCAAGUCUUUAUCCAGACUUUUGGUAAAGAUGUAUAUAUUAUUUUGGAAUUCAGGAGGGAGAUCAGAGGGUAUUGUAAUUUGUAACACCUGAUUAAGCACUUCCUCAGUGCUUUACAGGAGAAAUAUUUUACUAGUUAUUCUUUGGCAAAAUGUUCCAGAAGAUUUGGGUAGAGAAGUACAAGAAGGGAUGAUGAAGGAAAUGACUACCAGUCAACUUCUCAUCACACAUUUCAUCGCACGCCAUAGCUUCUUAUUUGUACAAUGAACCAAUUGUAACCAAAUAUUAUUGUUUCAUAUUACAAUGUCUUAGCAUUUUUCUCUUUG